AGGAGUCCUAAUUAUCAGAGUGCACCUCUGAAUUCUCUAGAGAAUUAAUUAAAUUUGCUCAUGCAGUCAGUACAUAAUCUCUCGCUACUUAGAUCGGCUUAAGUAAAUUACUAGUGUAUAAGUAUCAAGAAAUAAUCAAAGAAUAUAAUAAGGGAGGAAUUACACAUGCAAAUUAUAAGUAAAAUGAAAAACAAGAUGGAUAUUGGAAUGUUUUGAUAAAAAAAAACAACGAAAAUUUGGUGCAAAGAGAAAAGUAAAGAAUAAAUAUUGCAUUGCAAUACUAUAUGCCCAUAUAGAGUGGUUCUUGAUUGAAAAACAAGAUAAAACAUAAAUCCCUGAUAUAAUCGGUAUAUCAAAUAAGGCAAAAAUUAAAGAAAAGAAAUGGCAUUAAGUUGGUUGAGACAUAGAGAAGUGUUUGGAUCUUCAAAAUCUCGAACUGGUGACUUUGCAAAAAUCUACACAAGCCUCUAUACAAGCAUAGGACCUCAAGCGCAUUCACAUCAAGAUUUUGGAGGCAUUUUCAAUUUAGAGUUCUCAUCAGACGGAUCAAUAUUGAUAGCAGCGUGUGAAAAGAAAUCAAUUAUCUUGUUUGAAACAUCAAGUCGUAAAAAGAUCGAAACACUUGAAAAUGUGCAUUCUGAUGCCGUUAAUUGUGUCAAAUUUCUCGACGAUCGCUUAUUUGCGACAUGCUCUGAUGAUUCAACUGUCAUUCUAUAUGACACGAGAAACCUGAAAAAGAAGAUUAGAACACUUCGAGGACAUUCAAACUGGGUAAAAAAUAUUGAAUAUAGUAAACGAGAUUGUUUACUUGUGACAUCUGGCUUUGAUGGAUCCAUUUUCACAUGGGAUCUUAAUUCAUACACGGAAAAUAAUUUGACGUAUCAAAAAGUCUUUCACACACCAGGACUGAUGCGAUGUCGACUAUCACCCGAUGCAAGUAAACUCGUCAUUUGUACAACCGGUGGAUACUUAAUCAUUAUUCACGACUUAGAUCUAAGCACACUAGCAAGAGACCUCGCAGGUUUUCGUCCAAAUUUAUAUCGACUGAUGCAAGUGAGACGACAAUAUUUACCAAUUGCAUCGAAAUACGACCAUUUAUUCAGUAAAAAUCAAAAAUCUAAUCGUGUUGAGCUUGUCAGUGAUUUUCCAAAGGGAAAUGAUGCGGAAGUCAUUAGCUCUCUACAGAUUCAUCCAUUCGGCUGGGGUGCAUUAUCAAGAAACAACAGUUACGAUGAGAGUUCAGAAUGGACAUGCAUACAUGACAUUCAAGAGCUUGAUACUGAUGACGAUGAACCACCGAUUUCGGAAUAUCUUCAAGAGAAUUUAUUCAGUAAUCAUCCACCUGAUGGAAGUGAAACAAAUUCAGAAAUCGUUCCAUUCAGUAGUAAUGCAAGCAACAACAGUGAUACGAGUGUAAGCAAUGAAGCCAGCAGUACAAGUGAUCAAUCAAAUCGUCCCUCAAAUCCAAAUCCUCCUAACAUUCAAAUUGAUCCACCAUCAGAUGGCGAUAAUGAUGAUGGUCAAGGACAAAAUGGUGAUAGCGAAGAUGAAGUUCAAAUUAUUCCUUAUUUGCCUUCAGCCAUGCUUCGAACUUCGCUUAUAAAUACUGAAGAAAUUUUAGAUCUCUGGACGGGAAACAUUCCCUACUAUCAAAGAAGUCGACGAACUCUAACAGAACAGCGACCACAAAGAAUCAAUACAGGGCUAAUCACGUUGAACCCACGCAACGUAAGGCGACCGAAUAUAAAACAGAAUCGAAGGAGAUUACUUUAUUACUCAGCUGAGCCAAAUAAAGGCAAAGGAUUUAUUAAAGAGCUUUGCUUUAGCAGUGAUGGGCGUCUUAUUUGUUCGCCAUAUGGAAACGGCAUCAGACUUUUAUCAUUCUCAAAAGAUUGUCAAGAACUAUCAUACGCUUUACCUCCAAAUGGUGUUCCUCAAAGACUAAAUGAAAUCCUCGUUAAUACCGAAUAUCAUUCAGACAUUGUUGUGUCGACAAAGUUUAGUCCACGGGCGCCAAUUUGUGUUUCGGGGUGUUUACAUGGUGACUUGGUUUGGUAUCAGCCGAUUUAAAUCUCGUUUUCUUUUAUCAAUCAUUAAUUAAUUAUUCUUAAAUACUGUACUUAAAAUAAGUUUCAUUGUUUGAUUCUCAUGCUUAAAUGUGCUACAAAGAUUGAUAUAAAUACGGAAGAACUUUGAAUAAUAAAACUUUUGAAGGAAAACAAGAAA